AUAGGACGUGGCUAGCGCGCCGGUGUAUUUUACUAACGAUCUCCUCAUUUAAAUUAACUAAUUAUUUAAAUUCUUUCUACGACACGGAUUUUCCUCGUUUAGUUGGUAGCAAGAUACGCGUUUGAAUGCGUGUUUGCACUUUGCAGUUAUCACUCGCAAGACGCAACCAAGUAUAUUGUUAUAUCAUCUAAACAAGUUUGAGUGCAGUGUACUUGCCAGCAAGGCACCAUGCGGUCGGUGCCUAUUCCAUAUGUUAGUUAAUUUAUAGUGAAUAUUAAUGAUAAAUAAAUAUUUUUACAAACAGUUUGACACUCAAACUUAUACAUAUUGUGGCUGUAGUGCAAGUUGUGUGUUGUUAAUGUGUUGAUGAAAUACAAAUGCAAUAGCCAAAAUGGAUAAAAAACUAGAUCUUUUAUCAUUAUUUGAGUCUGAUGCCUGGCAGGCAUCUACCGAUGAUCUUCUUGAGAAUAUAUUUUCUUUGGACCAAGGAUCGUUUGACUUCCUAGAUGCGUCUAUGCCAGACUUUAACCUUUGCACCAACAAUACUUUGCAACCUGAGGGUCUGAGCAGCUCGAGCUCGGACAGUGGAGUCUCAACUGACCAAACAGAAUUCGACUUCGAGCAACAACUUUCGCCAUUCCUGAUACAAAACUCUUGCGACGAACAAGUGACCGCUCCGGUCGCGGCGGCAGCGGUCACUCCGGACGUCCCUUCCACGGGAGACCAUGAGACCGACCAGAUUGAGCUCCAGGACACCUUCGACAUCGUCGACUUUGAGCAGAAUGUGGUUCCCGGAUUUAUUAACGACAGUACAUUCCAUUCUCCAAGUAAAGAAGGCAGAAAGCGGCGUCUAUCACAAAAUUUACAAGUCAAGGCUAAAGUCCCGAAGCCCACAGUAAAGUUGACAUCGAGCCCUGUCCAGAAACCACAGCUCGUGGUGAAGGCCCAACCACAGAAACCUGUCAAGAUGACAAAUGUGCAAGUAAUACCGCAGACUAAGGUGUACUCCAAGCCUGUGGAGUCAGUGGCGCCCCAGAGGAGAGUGAUCCGCGUGGCGCCGAUGGCCGGAAACCCCAGAUCAAUACUGUUGCCGGUCACGAUAAAGGAUAUGAAGGAUUUGAAGUCUAUCAAGAUUAUUAACGCAGCAGAUUUGAAAAAUGCUUCCAAUUUUAAGUUUGCCGCCAACAUAUUGACACAGAGUAAAAUGCAGGACAGAGAUUCUCGCAGCGAUAGCGACUAUGAACUCAAUAAUAAUCCAUGCGAUGACUCAGGCAGCGAUCAUAGCGACGACGAAACAGAUUCUAAAGAUGUUCAAAUAGACCCAAGAAACGGCUAUCCCCGUCUCGUUCUAACAGCCGAAGAGAGGCGAUUGUUGGCGAAAGAAGGAAUAAGCCUACCAUCGAGCUAUCCACUUACGAAACACGAGGAACGGGAACUGAAAAGAAUACGACGCAAAAUUAGGAACAAAAUCUCCGCGCAGGAUUCCCGGAAAAGGAAGAAGGAAUACGUCGACGGGUUAGAAGACAGGGUUAAACAAUGCACGACGGAAAACCAGACGCUAAUGCGAAGGAUAAAGUUACUGCAGUCACAGAACCACUCGCUGUCGCAACAACUUAAGAGAUUACAGAGCGUGCUUAGCGGUGUGACUCCUAGCGGUAAAGCACCGCCGGCCACGUGCCUGCUAGUGUUGUUGCUAUCCGUGGCCCUGGUGGCGCUGCCGUCGAUGCGGGACGAACCCCGCCACCGACCGCGCCACGAGCGGGCCGCCCUCGCACCCGGCGUCACGCGAGCCUUGCUCUCCGCCACCAAUAAAAUGGUCCUCGAUGAGACCGUGAUAGACGAGGGCGAGUUCAACAUGGAGGAACUGGUGACGUUCAGGCGGCCCCACUCCGACCACGACUACCAGGUGGUGAAGAAUGUGGAGCCGGGCAAGUUGCCCUCGGGGUACGUGGACCUCCCCAUCGACGAACACUGGCCGCCCAACAAGAAACGCAUGAAAAGCCACCAGUUCGACUACGACGACGGAAAAGACUACCUGGCGCCCAUCAUCAAGAACGAGAAGUACGAAAGCUAUAAGGCGAAACCCAAAGUUGACGAUCGCGAGGUGAAAUUCAACGUGAACUUGUUGGCGAACACCUUGCUGUCAACCGGCAGGAAGAUCGGAGCGCUGCUGGAUGCCUUGCCUCUGGUGCCAGUCAAGAACGAGGACAUACUGACCGAGGAAGUGGACUUCGAUGAACGGAACAAUAACACAGAAAUCAACAGUUUUCUUGUCAAUGGAGUUCUGUAAGUUAUUUACGAGUACUAUGAUUGAAGAUAUACAAAUAAAACAAUAUAAAGUUUUAAUGUUACGGCUUAACGCAGAGAUGCAUGCAGUUUGAUCGAAAUAUCAACGACAAGAACAUGAUAUUGUAAGUUGAAUAAAAUGUCUAAGAUCCACAACAAUAACAAUUUAAUAUGAACAAGACAAAUACAGAUAAUCCCCCCUAAAACACAGUAGGGCCGUUCCGCGUUAUAGAAAAUCCCGUUAUUGGAGUAUUUUCGUAUAACGCGUUUUAACGACCGUGCAAUUCGUUAUAAUAAUAAUUAAUCACAAUUCGUAACAAGUAUUCCCAAUUGUUUGACCAGUUUGCAACGCGUGAAGCUAAAAACUAAUAAUACUAAUUAUGAAUUGUACAAAUCAUUAUAAAUUUCACAGUACAAAAAUAUGUAUGUGGAAUUUUCCCGCGUUGUAUUGUAUAAAGCCAAUGUUAUACGGGUGAUUCAAUUCAAGCGUAAUAUGAAAUUGACGUUAUAAGUCUAACGCGUUAUAUGACCAAUUACUGUACUUGUAGUAAUAGACAGCUGCCGGAACAUUGUAACCCACAUGUUCUUGGUGCUUAUGUUCUGUGUGUCGUCUAUGGCCGGACAUAUGUCAGGUAACAUAACCGAAUAACUUUAAUCGUAGUAUCGUAAUGUUUUUUUAUUCCAUAUUAUUUAUAAUAGAUAAUUUUAUACGAAAUUAGAUUUUAUAGUUUAAAUAUUGUGGCGUCCCAUACUUUAUUUACAUGUUUGAUUUUUAGUGCGUACUUGAUUAUAUUUUAAAUCGUGUAUUUAUUUUAGGGUCAAUUAAAUAUAUUGCAAUGAAUAAGUGAAAAAUGUCUAUAUUUUAAUGUUUCGUUAUUUUUAAGCAUUUUGUUAUAUCUCGGUGCAAUCAUUCGUAAGUUUUGAUGUUCAGUGUUACAUUUUAGUAUUUAAGUUUAAUAUGAAUAAGGCCUAAUUUUAUUCGCACCUAACGUAUGUUUUGAUAUUGGUGACUUUAGGAUUGAAUGUUACAUUAAAUAAAGAGAAAUAAAUAAUU